GCCAAAGUACAAUAAGACAUAGCGCUCUAGGACACUACCAGGUGUUCGCAUGUCUCUCACUUUUUCUCUCUUGCGUCUGUUGCUAACUUCAGUGCUCUUUUUUUUUCUCUUUGCGAGCGCAGUUGCCUAAAUCCGGUCGAUAGGCUGCGCAGCGCGUUCACGGCUGAUCAAACAGGUCUCUGCUCUCCGGCUCACAUCACCUGCUGCCUGCCUGCUAUCGGCACGUUUUCAAAGAAAUUUUGUAAAGCAAGCACUUCCUCUGACACUGUUGGGCCUACAAUGCAGUAGUCUGUCAAGCCAGGACCUCGCUUGAAUUCUCCAGAAUGAGCUCCUCCCCUGGUCCGGCCCCUGCUUCAGCCACCCCUGCCCUGGACUCCGGGAAGGCCAGUCGAGGGGACUCGCCUAACACCUUACCCCAUCUGUACACGUCCCAGCUCGGCAUGGACAGCCAAACCAUCUGCAUUCCAUCUCCGUAUGUGGAAGCCUGUCAGGAUUAUUCACCACCGCAUGGGGGAGAGAUCAGCCACGGAGCCUUAACGCUCUACAGCCCCGUGUCCUCCACAGUGCUGGGGUACACUCAUCCCCCCGUGUCCGAAAGCCUGGUCCCUUUAAGUUCGACAAUCUUCUGGCCUCCCCACACCGCACUGGUCUACAGCGAAACACACGCACACACCACCUGGGAGGACGCCAAAACACACACCAUUAACCAGGGCAGUCCUGUCCUUACUCAUGCAAAGCUGGUAGGGCAGCAACCGGAUGGUGAUGAAGGCUUGAAUCCUUCACCAGGCAUUUUGAGUAAAGGAGACACACACUUCUGUGCAGUGUGUCAUGACUACGCCUCUGGGUAUCACUAUGGUGUCUGGUCUUGUGAGGGGUGCAAGGCUUUUUUCAAACGCAGCAUUCAAGGGCAUAAUGACUAUAUUUGUCCAGCUACCAAUCAGUGCACCAUUGACAAAAGCCGACGCAAGAGCUGCCAGGCCUGUCGACUCCGCAAGUGCUAUGAAGUGGGCAUGAUGAAGUGUGGUGUGAGGCGGGAACGCUGUAGUUACCGAGGUGCCCGUCAUCGACGUAACUCCCAGAGCCGAGACAUCUCAGGCGGGGCUUUAGGGGUCAGAGUUCGUUCCCGGCCUCAUUUAGAAUUUCCCCUCAGUCCCACUCAUCCACUCUUCCCUUCAGGGGACAGAGCUGAGGGAUGUGGCCGGAGCCUCUCUCCAGAGCAGUUGGUCAAUUGUAUUUUGGAGGCGGAGCCUCCUCAGAUUUACCUGAGAGAGCCAAUAAAGAAGCCAUACACGGAGGCCAGCAUGAUGAUGUCACUAACCAACCUCGCUGACAAGGAACUGGUGCUCAUGAUCAGCUGGGCGAAGAAGAUACCAGGUUUUGUGGAGCUGACUUUGUCUGAUCAGGUGCAUCUGUUGGAAUGCUGCUGGCUGGAUAUAUUGAUGUUGGGACUGAUGUGGAGAUCCGUGGAUCAUCCCGGGAAGCUCAUCUUCUCACCUGACCUCAAACUCAACAGGGAAGAAGGCAACUGUGUUGAAGGCUUCAUGGAGAUCCUUGACAUGCUGCUGGCCACCACCUCCAGAUUCAGAGAGCUGAAGCUUCAGAGAGAGGAAUACGUCUGUCUCAAAGCCAUGAUCCUUCUCAACUCCAAUAACUGUUCAAGCUUGUCACAGACUCCUGAAGAUGUAGAGAGCCGUGGGAAGGUUCUGAGGCUGCUGGACUCUGUGACUGACGCUCUAGUUUGGACCAUCUCAAGAACAAGCUUGUCUUCGCAGCAGCAAUCCAUCCGUCUCGCUCAUCUGCUAAUGCUGCUCUCACAUAUUCGACACCUCAGCAACAAAGGCAUUGAGCAUCUGUCAACCAUGAAGAGAAAAAACGUGGUGCUGCUGUAUGAUCUUCUGCUAGAGAUGCUGGAUGCCAACACAUCCCAGAGCAGCCGGAUGCUGGCGGCUCACACGGAAGCCUCUCUCCGGUCGGACACACAGACCACAGACCACCCAUCCAGACAGUCUGCACUGAAAGAGAGCAACCUGGAGACCUGGGACAGUACACAAGCUGAAGAGACAGUUGAUAAGACAUUACAUUGUAGCAUGCAUCGAGUGGGGAUGGACACAGACUGACAGUAUCCCUUCUGUGGUGUAAAAAUCUCCCUGGAUGCAGCAAUGGAUAUGAAUCCAAUAUCUGAGCCACUUAUCGUCCAAUGUUGGGUCGAGGGGGUUCAAACCAGAGCUGGAAAAAAACUUGACCAACGACAACCUGAACCAAACAGGGCUUUCAACUGGCUCUCAGUCUUGCUCUAACACAAUGCAGUUUGAACUGUUGCUUUCCUAUUAUGCCGUAAUGUCAACCUGAAGAGGAAUACAUCUUAUUCAAACCAAUCGCAUUUUCAGCAUUCACAAAUGGAAUCCUUUUAAUGGCUGGUUCCAUUAAAUAUAAAGCGUGUAAUUUCUGUGCUAAACACAGUAGCAAGAAACUGUUUAAACACUCCCCCAUCUGUCAUUAUUCAGCAACCAGCUAGCACCACCCCUAAAUCAUGCCAUUGGUUGAUCAAGAGCUAUGUUGUGUUCUUUUGAGCCAUUCAAACAGAUUGGCGAAAUUACACACUGCACAUUUAAAUAUUUGGUUUGCCAUCCAAGAUGACAGAGAACCUCUGACUUGAACCUGACUGUUUCUCUGAAGACCGGCCAAUAUAAAUGAAACGCACACUUUUAAUAGUUUAUGCAUUUUGUACUCUGCGUCUGUGCAUUUGUAAGACAUUGGAGUGCUGUUGUUUGCGGCUCUGUGUUGCUUCUCGUGGUUCAUAAAGUACUUGUCACUGGCAGUAAAUAUAACGCUUUUAAAAAUA